UCAAAAGAUCGUUAUGUAUUGUGUAUUGAAAAAUAAAUAUAAUUUCAAGAAUUUACCAUCGUUCAUUAUUUUGCCGAGCGGUUCAUCGCAAUAUGUGUUAUGUUCGAAUCGUAUUUUUUGUCUUCGGAUGGCUUUCGACCAGUCAAGGACAAUUUGCUCCAGGCGUGAUCGGAAUGCCUCCAGGCAUGGGAGGUUAUCCGAUGGGUGGUCCGCUUCCAUUUCCUUUAUUUCCGCCACCAUGUGACAUGGGCUGUAACCAGAACCAGGGUGGUUUGUUUUUCGCUAAUAUCAACGUGAAUCAAGGAGGAUCAAGUAUGCCAAUGCCUGGAGGAAUGCCAGGUGGUGGAAUGCCUGGUAUGCCGGGUAUGCCUCCACCGGGAGGAAUGCCCGGUGGUGGUAUGCCAACAACUACUCGCCCUCCAACUGCCUCUCCAACAAGACCACCAACAGGAUUGCCACCGACAACUAUGCCUCCAAGACCUCAGCAGCAACCUAAUAUGAAUGCUCAGUUCUUAUACUUCGUACCGAAUUGGUGCAGCGGAUGGUGUCGAUUCCUUUACCGACCUCGGCCAUUUUUUCCUCCACCUCCGCCUCCGCCGCCACCUCCUCCCAUUUUGCCGAUGCCAUUACCGCGACCAGGCUUUUUAAUAUUUUCUUGGUUAGGACUUUGAAAAGGAUCAAAUGUACCAUGUCUAUUGCCUGUUAUACGAGUGAAAAUAUGCUGCAACGACGUUACGAGUGAACCAUGCAUGAUGAGAAAUGCAUGUUAAAAAUUGGGUAUUUAUUGCUAGCUUAAAAAGUAACAUGUUUUAUAAAUGUCAUAACAUGUG